AUGGGUAUCACCCCAGGAGAAUCGACCCAGCUGCUCCGACGCGUCUCCGCCUGGGAAUCAAAGGCUCUACCUGUCUCACGACGGCUUACGCAAUUCUCCUUUCAGUCCUUCAUUGGCCGCACCUACGCCGUUCCGCAUGGGUGUCGAACCUUAGCCGACGACGGAGCAGACUCCAACUUUAUCUCGGAAAAGUUCCUACGCCAGGUGAAAACCUUCCAGACCAUUCCCCUCGUCCAACCCGUCAUAUGCGAGGGCUACGAUGGCAAGGCUUCUGAGUCUAUCACCCAUCGUGUGGAAUUCUUCCUCAAAAUGGACACUCACGUCGAGCGCUCUAUGGCUUACGUGGUAAACACCUGUGGGUCAUUCGAUUUAGUCCUUGGGUUCAAAUGGCGUCAACUCCACCAGCCCAAGUUAGACUACCGCGAGGGUACGAUUGCGUUCCCAGAUGAGUACUGUAGGCUCAAUUGCUGGCUUCAGGACUCUUCCCCACUAGUCGUUUGCAAAGGCAGGGAGAAGGACUGUGACCAGCUCUCUCCACGCCCUCACGCGGACCACGAUUCAGAAGCACGAACUCCUGCCGACGUCCACCCUGGUGGUACCGCCGGACGGAAUACGGAUUCUCGCAGUCUGGAAGCCGAGUUCCAGGACAAAGAUAUUCCACAACUGCCCCGGGAUCCCAAACGCAACAAGGCCCCCCCGGACAAGACUAAGGCGACACCUGGGGGUUCACCUCAUGACCCGCUAAAGGUUGAGAUCAAAAGGGUUUCACUUCAGGCUAUACGCCGUAUGGCUAGGAAAUAUCGAACAGACCCAUGCCUCAUGACCCUCCAGCAGGGCAAAGCCCCGCGGCUCCGACGCGCGGCAGUCGACGAGGACUUCGCCAAGUUCAUGGACAAGCCUCCCGAUGUCACGCUUGAAGACAUUCUCACGCCAGAACUAUUUCAGGAAUACUCUGAUUUCAUCCCCGUCUUCGACAAGGCGGCCGCGUCUAAAUUACCGGAGCAUUCGGAGCACGACCAUGAGAUCAAGCUCGAGCCAGGAGCCAAAAUCCCCAAUCAUCGGCCACGACCCUUCUCAGGCCAGCAAGAAGAAGCCAUUGCGGCUUAUGUCAGAGACAUGGAGUCAAGAGAUUUCAUUGGCCCGUCCAAGUCGCCCGCGAGGAACUCGCUGCUCAUCAUUGACGACCCAGACGAUCCGCGCCAUGCGGAGAAAACUAUUAUUCUGGGGCCUAAGGUGCUGUCACCAGGAAUGAAACCGGCUCUCGAUACGGCUCUACGCGCCCUCACGUUGUCUUCUAGCAAGACAGAUGAUGUUAUAACGCCUGAACAACGCAGUGUGUUACGAACGGCUUUCUCAAACGACCCAGAGGAAGAGGACGUCGAGUUGCCUUCACCCGAGGGUGUUGUGGACCCGUCCCUUCCGCCCUAUGACGAGGAUCCGCGGUCCACGGAGGAACUCCUGAACGCUGCGUAUGCAAGCGACGAAAUGGCUACCCGCGCUUUUUCAGCCAUUGAUUCCCACGAGGUCAAGUUGUCUAAAUGGUUUCAUAAGCACGGGUUCUAUUUUAGUGCAGCCGACUUGUCCUUAGUAGGAGACGGAGCAAGCCGUCGUUUGUUCAUCGAUAAGACCCGGCUCUAUAUCCCCGCGGAUGCACGCCUCCAACGACGGAUCUUUGAUCUGUGCCACGACCACGAAAUUGCCGGUCAUAAGGGUCCGCGUUCUACUCUCUACCUUAUGUACGACCGCUACUACUGGCCUAAAAUGAACCAGUCUAUAGCCAAAUAUUGCGACGCUUGCGGUAUCUGCCGCCGCACCAAGUCCCCACGGGACGGCAAACACGGUUACCUGCGACCGCUGCCACUUCCUCACCAGCGUUGGUCAGAUGUGACCGUGGAUUUCAUCCAGGACCUUCCCCCCUCGCGCCUGGACGGCAGGGAAUAUCGAAAUAUUUUGGUCAUUGUGGAUCGUCUUACCAAGAGGCGCCACUUCUAUCCAACCCACGGGCGAACCGCGGUCGAAGCUGCCCGAUGCUUCAUGGACGUCUUUAAGCACCACGGGCUUCCCCUUAGUAUUGUUUCCGAUCGAGGUACUAACUUCGUCGCUCCCUUUUGGAAACACAUCUGCCAACGACUUCAUAUUAAACGGGUUCUUUCUACAGCGUAUCACCCGGAAACGGAUGGCCAGACCGAACGCGCUAAUCAGUCCUUAGAAACAUAUCUCCGCCAGUUCAUCAACUACGCUCAGGACGAUUGGGCGUCCUGGCUACAUGUGGCAGAGUUUCAAGCCAAUGAUACGGUCAACUCCAGUACGGGUAUGACCCCGUUCUUUGCCGACCUUGGCUAUCAUCCCCGUAGCGGUAUCCAUCCUUCGGAAAACAUAGAAGCCAACUUGCCACGGCCAGCCCGCGAUCAGGCCAUACGCGCUCAGGAAAUGAUGGACUCGCAUUCGGAUUUGGUCACACAUCUGAAGGAGCAGCUCCGAUGGGCCCAGCAGGAGCAGAGCGCUCAGGCUAAUUCCAAACGCCAUGCGGUUCCCCUUUACAGCGUUGGAAAUGAGGUCUGGAUUUCUACUGUCAACUGGUCUACCCCUCGACAAUCGAAGAAGCUCACGGAUCGUUGGGCAGGGCCGUAUGUCGUCAAAAGAAUCAUUCACGACGGCCGCGCUUACGAGCUGGAUCUUCCCGAAGAGAUGAUUCGGAAUGGUACAUUCCCCAUCUUCCACCCGAAGCUUCUACGGCCUGCGGCUACCGACGCCUUACCCGAUCAAGCUCCCGCUCGACCAGUGCCUGUGGAAGUGGUCAAUAGUAACGGCGAUGCCCAUACGGAGUGGUUGGUCGACGAAUUUGUGGACGUCGCCUCUCCAAAAGCUAGCAAAGUCAAAGGGCGCUGGGCUUACAAGAUCAAAUGGUCCGACUUUCCCAAGGCCACAUGGCAUGACGCCGCCGACUACCUCGACCAUUAUGAUGCCAAACUUUUUCACUGGAAACAUCCCGGUAAGCCUACGCCCCCUGGACUCCGCAUGCCUCCCGAUUGGACCCCUCUCCCUGAAGACGCCGGCGACUUUCAAGAUCAGUAUGCCAGCGGCGACGAGAACCUAGCGUGA